AUGGGUGCCCUCAAGUACGUCGAAGAGCUUCAGAAGAAGAAGCAGUCGGAUGUCGUUGCCUUCCUCCUCCGAGUUCGCUGCUGGGAACUCCGUCAAUUGAACGUCAUCCACCGCGCCUCUCGUCCUUCCCGUCUGGACAAGGCUCGCCGUCUCGGAUACAAGGCCAAGCAGGGCUAUGUUAUCUACCGUGUCCGCGUCCGCCGUGGUGGCCGCAAGCGCCCUGCUCCUAAGGGUGCCACCUACGGCAAGCCCACCAACCAGGGUAUCAACCAGCUGAAGUACCAGCGAUCCCUCAAGGCUACUGCCGAGGAGCGUGUCGGCCGCCGCUGCGCUAACCUCCGAGUCCUCAACUCCUACUGGAUCAACCAGGACUCUACCUACAAGUACUACGAGGUCAUCCUCGUCGACCCCCAGCACAAGGCCAUCCGCAUCGACCCCCGCAUCAACUGGAUCGUCAACCCCGUCCACAAGCACCGCGAGGCUCGUGGUCUUACCGCCACCGGCAAGAAGUCCCGUGGUCUCAACAAGGGUCACCGCUACAACAAGACCAAGGCUGGCCGCAGAAAGACCUGGAAGCGUCACAACACCCUGUCCCUGUGGCGAUACCGAUAA